AUGGAGAACUUCAGUCGAGACACCACGGGUCUUGAAGUGGUAGAGACCUUGAAGGAUCAAGUCGCAGGGAAAACAUUCGUCAUUACCGGUCCAUCCAAAGACUCCCUAGCAGCCGAAGCAGCCUUUUCUCUAGCUUCAGCAUCGAGUCCACCAGCACAAAUCAUCCUCCUCGGACGUACUCUGUCGAAAAUCCAACCAGUCAUCGAUCGCAUUACCCAGGCCAACGCUUCAAUCAAGACAACCUUCGUCAACCUCGAUCUAAGUAAUCUUAACACAGUCCGCAAUUGUGCCGCCGAGAUCGCAAAACUGACCUCCCGUGUCGAUGUCCUAAUCAACAGCGCCGGCAUCAUGGCCCUGGAGAAUUUCCAAACCUCAGCAGAUGGCUUCGAAAUGCAAUUAGCAGCAUGCCACAUCGGCCACUUCUUGCUCACAGGACUUCUGCUGCCUCUACUGAAAGCCGCACCAGCAGCUCGUGUCGUAACGCUUACAAGCAUGGGCUAUGAAAGCUCCGACUUCCUCUUCGACGACUACAACUUCUCCGAGGGAAAGACGUACAACAGGUGGCUCGCUUACGGACAAGCCAAGACCGCGAAUGUAAUGUUCACCACCGAACUGGCCAGACGAGCUUCUGCACAAGGUCUUGACUUGAGGGCAUAUGUGGUGCAUCCAGGUGUGAUUCUGAGCAGCGGCAUCAUGAAAGAACUUGACAUGGAAUCACUCAUGAAAGCGCUCGAGGAGACCAAAGCCGAGUACGCCAAGCAAGGCAUCGAGUAUGUGCCCGAGACGCCGAAGAGUAUCGAGCAAGGUUGCGCAACGAUGCUUGUGGCGAGUUUGGCAAACGAGCUGAGCAGUCACAAUGGUGCAUUCCUAAGGGAUUCGCAAAUCUUCGCGGAGGAGGAACAGAAGCCGUGGGUAAAGGAUGCAGAAAAGGCGAGAAAGUUGUGGGAGCUCAGCGAAGGAUGGGUUGGGGAGAAGUUCCUCUGA